AUGCUGGGGGAUGAGUCUCGAGUUAUUUCAACCGGAGCAGGUUCGGUCGAUUGUGUUCGGCGGUUUCGCAGCCCUGGAACGUUUGAUCCUGACAAAGAAGAUUGGAACCUCUAUGAGAUCAGGUUUCUAGCGGCUAUACGUGUGGCAAGAGUCACGGACGAUGCGGACAAGAGUGGACUUCUAAUUUCGUCGCUGAGUCCGGCAGUCUUCAAGCCGCUGUAUAACCUGCUACAACCGAGGAACAUCAUGGAGGUACCUUUCAAGGAUCUUACUGCAACGUUAUCUGACCAUUUCACUCUGAAACGGUUCAAGGAGUUUGAGAGAUACAAGCUUUUCUCAAAUCGUCAAGAGGACGGUGAGUCAGUGAAGGAUUUCGUUGAGCGGUUGUUGGCAAUCAUUUCCCGCUGUGAAUAUGAAGGAGAGUCUGACGUUCGAGCAUGUUCCCUGAUGACAGCGUUCAUCGUAGGCCUCCGAGAUCAGCGAAUCCGCGCGCGACUUGUUCUGGAAAAGACCUUGACAAUGGACACAGCGAUCUGGCUCACUGAAAGUUUUCUGGCCGCGGAGGCAGAGUCGAAGCAAUUGCAUGCAGAACCCUCUGUGCACAAGGUGACAGUCAAGCCGGAGAGCAAGGAACGAUGUUUCCGGUGUGGAAAUUCAAACCACUCGCAAGAAACGUGCAGAUUCCACAAUGAGGACUGUCAUGCCUGUGGCCAAACCGGACACAUCUCGAAAAUGUGUCGUUCAUCCGCUUCACAGGGAACGCGGAAGAAAGGUAAACAUUUUCUGAAGGUGAAGCUUGUGACCGACGUGUUUCUUGCGGACGACCAAGCACAGAGUCAUUCCUCUUCAAGUACUGAGUCACUCCCCAUGUGA